AUGAGCUACGAUAAUAAAGAAGAAAUACAAAUAGAAUCGAAAUUUAUUGAAUUGAAUAUCUCAGAUGGAAAUGUAGAUAUCAAUCAUGAAAAUUGUUAUAAUUCAAGUAAUAAAAAACCAUGGUGUAAAGAAUGUGUUCCUCGAUGUAUAAUUGAAGGAUGGACUAGUGAAAAUAAUGAUAUUGAUGAAUUUAUCAAGGAUACGAUUUACAAUGCAAAAUUAAUAUAUGAUGUUAAUAAUGCUAAUUAUAAUCCAGAAUGGGUACCAUUUGAUAAAUUUAAAGAUAUAAAACAUAUUGGCGAAGGUGGUUUUGCUAAAGUAUAUUCUGCAACAUGGAUUGAUGGUAAAUCGAAAUAUUUUAGACAAAAUGAUGGAAGUUGGAAAAAAAGAGAAUCCGAACCCAUAGAAGUAGCUUUGAAAAAAUUAAAUGAUUCACAGAAUAUUUCAGCUGAUUAUUUAAAUGAGCUUAAAACACAUUGGAAAUUAUAUAACUUAGAAAAUUAUUCGUUAAAAUUUUAUGGAAUAACCAAAGAUCCAGAAACAAAAGAAUUUAUGAUGAUUAUACAAUUAGCAGAUCGAGGAAAUUUGAGAAGUGUUCUUUCAAGCAAUUUCAAUAAUCUUUUGUGGAAAGCUAAAAUAUUUUCCUUAUAUUAUAUAGCAAUUGAUCUUAAAAACUUACAUCAAUUAGGAUAUUUUCAUAAGGAUUUUCAUAGUGGAAAUAUAUUACAAAAUCACAAUAAAAACAAUGAUGGAAAUCUUUCUUAUAUUUCAGAUUUUGGAUUGUCCGGACCAUCAAAUGAACAAAAUUCAGAUAAUAAAAUAUGUGGAGUAUUACCAUAUAUUGCUCCAGAAGUUUUGAAUGGAGAACCAUAUACAAUAUCUUCUGAUAUUUAUAGUUUUGGGGUGAUUAUGGCUGAAUUAUCAUCCGGAAUGCAACCUUUUUAUGAAAGAAAACACGAUACUAUAUUAGCAUUAGAAAUAUGUAACGGAAUCAGACCAGGAUUUGGAAAAGGAACUCCUGAAAUAUAUAAAAAAUUAGCUUAUAGAUGUAUGAGUGCUAAUCCUGACCAAAGACCAACGGCAAGUGAAUUAUAUAGAAUAUUAAACUUUUGGUAUAAUUCUUGUAAUAAUAAUAUACAUUAUCAGGAAAAAGAUAAAUUUGGUUAUAAAGGAAAAGAAAUUAAAGCUAUUUUUGAUGAAGCUAAUGAAAAGAUACCAAAUAUUUCAACUUCAUAUGAAAAAAAUCCUGAUGCUAUAUAUACAAGUAGAGUAUUCACAUUUAGUAAUUUGCCGAAACCUGUUGAUUCUUCUAUUAUUACUUCAUAUCUUAAUGAUGAUGACGAAGGAGAUAAAGAUUGCCAGGAUUCUAAAUUAUUUGAUCUAGAAGUUUCUAAUUAA